AUGGAUGAGAGGGUCACCAUCUCUACGGAAACUUGGAACGAGCACAAAGAAAACAUUAGAUACUAUUACCUGAACCAUGGUUUGAGCCUGGCCGACGUCCGUUGGCACAUGCAAUAUAUCUUCGGAUUCUCGGCGAGCGAGCAACAAUACAAACGGAAGCUGACACAAUGGCGCUUCGUGAAGAACCACAAGAGCUCUACUUACCGUAUGAUUGGGCACACUCUGAAUCGGCGUCGCCUCGACCCGUACUCUGCAGAAGUCCGCAUCGGAAACGAGGUAUUGAGCCCACAGCGACUCCAAAGACGCCUGAGAAGACACAAUCCUCCAACGUUACAAAUGCAGAAUCCACGAAGUGGUAUCGCAUGCCGAACCAGCAGCGUCCGUGGCGAUCCAGCCUACCAGUCUGCAGGCGCCGUGAAUAUCUCCAUAACGCGAGCGGUUCUCAAUCCCGACGCCCUCUCAAGUGAGGCAUUGCCUGCAUUCCAACUGUAUGAAAAAAUCCGAAGUCUGUCUUUGAACAGUCCAGGUCCUCGACGACAGCCCUCCCGUAUCCGCAGGACACCCACCUUCAACAAUGAUGAAAGUCCGCCAACCAAUCCAGGGGACAUAUCCCUCACUGUCCAUGCUACGCCAUUUCCAGAUAACAACGGGUACCAUGACAGCCGCCUGCUUAUCUCGGACGGUUUCGGUGUGGAAUCAAUGCAGACUGCCGGCGGCCAUGGCUUCGACGGCCCCAAUACGAAUGGGUUGGUCUCCUGGAUGAUACCCUCCUGGUAUCGAGGUGGUUCAGAACGGACAUGGGGUUACGUAUCAGCGCUCUUCCCCGUUCACGAUUCAUAUUUUGUGCUGGAGGAUCUCCGAUCGGUGUCAAGCAUGUCAGCUCCACAGGCGAAUAUGGUCGCGAUCGGCUAUGUCAUAUAUCUGUGCUCUAAUGGAGAACCCGAACAAAGACCAUUUGAUGACUUCCUGGACCAAUUGUUCCAGACUGGCAUUGAAAGGCUUUUGCGUAACUUUGACUUCAUGGACUCAAAUUCUCCACCACUUCGGCGCUUCGCAGAGUAUCUCCUACUAUAUGCAGCUAGGAAGGAUCGGUGCGAUUUACUGGAAUUCUUGCAGAAAACCGGAAUGGACCUGAGCAGACCCCUCAAAGUGCAUGGUCAGAUACGGACCCCUCUCCAGGAGGCGAUAGUGUACAGGAAUGCAGCCUUUUGUAAAAGACUGCUAAUCGACUAUGGCACCGAUAGCAACACUUACUUCGAAGAGGGCAGCGUUCCUCUAUACUGGGAAACUCCGAGUAAUCUUGCCGCCCGCUAUCUGCCUGAAAUAUUCUGGAUUAUCCAAAAGAAGCAAAGAACUACCUUUGAUCAAGACUUUCCAGGCGCAGUCAUGGCAGGCCUCAAUGUUGAUGAAAUCCUCACUUGGCUAGUGCAGGGCGCCGACAUCAAUGCCUUGGAUGAGCGUCUCCGUACCGCUCUCCAUCACUCCAUUGAGAAGGAGGAUGUCUUGCUUGCGAAGUUUCUACUCAAACAUGGUGCACAGGUCGAUGGGUGGGGCUCCGUUGCCCUUGAACAGAUGCUUGCAACUGCUGGUGACAUCGCAUGCCUUAUGGUGAAAUUCAGCAAAGUUCCAUCUCCUUGGUCACUAGCAGUAGAAACAGGAAAUGUUGAACUCUGUGAAGCUUUGCUGGAUGCAGGAUUAGAAGUUCUUCUGCUUCCUAUGGACCGGUUCGCCAGUGCCUUGGAAACUCUCCGCGAAGGAGAUUGGCACCUAGGUGACUGGUCAUUUUUGAGGAGGCCCCGAGCCUACAUAUCUCUCUUGGAGUAUAUAUCGAGCGGCAGCCGUACAGAAAUUUCACAAAUGUUGUCACCACUUCUAUUCGCUGUAUGUGCGGGCAACCGUCAAAUUGUGGAGCUUGUGUUGGAAACAGGAGCGAACAUCCACGAAGCGACUCAUGACCUGUGGUUUACACCACUGCAGGCGGCCAGUUACGGGGGAGCCGUCGAUAUUCUGUCUGUUUUCGUCGGUGCUGACGCUGAUAUCAAUACUCACUCGGCACUUCAGGCUGCAGUCUUGGGGGGUCACCUCGAUGCGACCAAGUUCUUGCUGGAACACAAGGUGGACGUCCAGCUGCCAAACGUUAAUGGAAAUGGAGCAAACGUUAAUGGAAAUGGAGCAAACGUUAAUGGAAAUGGAGCAAACGUUAAUGGAAAUGGAGCAAACGUUAAUGGAAAUGGAGCCGAGGACGACCUAACACCUCUUGCAGCAGCAUCCUGCUGCGGACAUCUUGACGUGGUGCAAUACCUCUUAGAGCAUGGAGCAGAUGUGAAUCCACACCUGAUCCACACUGAUUCGUCGCCGCUACAAUCCGCCGCAUACGGUGGCUACGUGCGAAUUGCCCAAUUAUUGCUUGGUGCUGGGGCGGAUGUGAGAGCGGUAGGACCUAGAGAAAGCAACAGCAUGUCCGCUGUAGACCUUGCGGCGGGAGAGGGGCAUUUGGACAUGGUACAACUGCUACUCGACAACUACCAACUCAAGGAGGGCGAAUCACUCGUCGAGAUCUGUGCUGAAGCAGCUGCCAUAGCUAGGGACCUGUGUCAAUGGGUCGUCGCUGAUUUUCUUGAGAAUUAUCGUCGAAAUUCUCCGCCGCCUUCUCGGCCGCCGGAGGGGGAUGUCUUCGCUGGAGGGGACGUCUUUAUGGGGGGAAGUAUCUCGGCCAUGGGAGGUGUUUCCGCUAUGGAGGACGUCUCUGGUAUGGAGGAUGUCGCCACUAUAAAGGAGGUCACCGCUAUGGAGGAUGUUAUCGCUAUAGGGAACGUCCCUGCUGGGGAGAACAUCCUUGCUGGUGAGGAGACAGAGGACAUCUUUGCUGGGGAGGAUAUCUUUGCUGAGUUCACGUAUAUCUAA